AUGGCCUCUGCCUUGCGUCUCGGUUCGUCCGCCCUGAGAACUUCUCUCAGGGCUCCUGCCUUCACUGCUCGAAGCGCCGGCUUCAAUGCGGUCCGAUGCUACUCAGCAAAGACCCAGACUCUAAAGGAGCGCUUCGCUGAGCUUCUGCCCGAGAAGAUCGAGGAGAUCAAGGCUCUCCGAAAAGAGCACGGCUCCAAGGUCAUCGACAAGGUCACUCUUGACCAAGUAUAUGGCGGUGCCCGUGGCAUCAAGGCCCUAGUAUGGGAAGGUUCCGUUCUCGACUCUGAGGAGGGCAUCCGCUUCCGUGGCAAGACCAUUCCUGAAUGCCAGGAGCUGCUCCCCAAGGCUCCCGGCGGCAAGGAGCCCCUUCCUGAGGGUCUCUUCUGGCUUCUCCUGACCGGCGAGGUCCCCACCGAGCAGCAGGUCCGCGACCUGUCCGCCGAGUGGGCUGCGCGAUCCGAUCUCCCCAAGUUCGUCGAGGAGUUGAUCGACCACUGCCCGACCGAUCUCCACCCCAUGGCCCAGUUCUCUCUUGCGGUUACUGCUCUCGAGCACACCUCCUCGUUCGCUAAGGCUUAUGCCAAGGGUAUCAACAAGAAGGAGUACUGGGGCUACACCUUCGAGGACUCCAUGGACCUGAUUGCCAAGCUGCCUACGAUCGCUGCCCGCAUCUACCAGAAUGUCUUCAAGGGAGGCAAGGUCGCUCCUGUCCAGAAGGACAAGGACUACUCUUUCAACUUCGCUAACCAGCUUGGCUUCGGUGACAACGCCGACUUCAUUGAGCUGAUGCGCCUAUACCUGACCAUUCACACCGACCACGAGGGUGGCAACGUCAGCGCCCACACCACUCACCUGGUUGGAAGUGCCCUGAGCUCCCCCUUCCUGUCUCUUGCUGCUGGUCUGAACGGUCUCGCUGGUCCCCUGCACGGUCUGGCUAACCAGGAGGUGCUCAACUGGCUCACUGAGAUGAAGAAGAGCAUCGGCGAUGACCUUAGCGACAAGGCUAUCACCGACUACCUCUGGUCUACCCUGAACGGCGGUCGUGUCGUUCCCGGCUACGGCCACGCUGUUCUGCGCAAGACUGACCCCCGUUACAUGGCUCAGCGCAAGUUCGCUCAGGAGAAAAUGCCCGAGGACCCCAUGUUCAAGCUCGUCAGCCAGGUUUACAAGAUUGCUCCCAAGGUUCUCACAGAGCACGGCAAGACCAAGAACCCCUACCCCAACGUCGAUGCCCACUCCGGUGUUCUCCUGCAGUACUAUGGCCUGACUGAGGCCAACUACUACACUGUUCUCUUCGGUGUCUCAAGAGCCAUUGGUGUCCUGCCGCAGCUGAUCAUCGACCGCGCGGUCGGCGCUCCCAUCGAGCGCCCCAAGUCCUUCUCUACCGAGAAGUGGAUCGAGAUCUGCAAGAAGCUGUAA